CACACACAAACAGAGACACCUGUACACACACACAGAAACAUGUACACACACACACAUGCAUAUACACAGAUACAUGUACAUACACACGCACAGACACAUGUACAUACACACAGACACAUGUACGUACAUACACACAUACACACACACAUACAUGUACAUACACACAGACAUGUACAGAUGCACACAUGUACAUACACACAGACACAUGUACAUGCAUACACACACGUACACACACACACCCACAUAAAAAGUUGCAAUACUUCGUUGUUCACUCACAGAGCCGGGUACUGCAUUCUAGGGGGAGGCAGAGAGCACAGCACACACUCCUUCCUUUGCUUUCACUGCACUCAGCUAUUG